GUGACCUCCCGGCCGCCAGGGGGCGCGCUGUGAGGGCCGGCCCCGCUCUGGCGGAAGCGGAAGCGGAAGCGCUUCUGGUUCCUCUUCCGGGCGGGCGGCGCGGCGGCGGCAGCGGCCAAAAUGAAGUUCAACCCCUUUGUGACCUCGGACCGCAGCAAGAACCGCAAGAGGCACUUCAAUGCCCCCUCGCACAUCCGCAGGAAAAUCAUGUCCUCGCCGCUGUCCAAGGAGCUGCGGCAGAAGUACAACGUGCGCUCCAUGCCCAUCCGCAAGGACGACGAGGUGCAGGUGGUCCGAGGGCACUACAAGGGGCAGCAGAUCGGGAAGGUGGUGCAGGUGUACAGGAAGAAGUACGUGAUCUACAUCGAGCGCGUGCAGCGGGAGAAGGCCAACGGCACCACCGUGCACGUGGGCAUCCACCCCAGCAAGGUGGUGAUCACCAGGCUAAAGCUGGACAAGGACCGCAAGAAGAUCUUGGAGCGUAAAGCCAAGUCCCGCCAGGUGGGCAAGGAGAAGGGCAAGUACAAGGAGGAGACGAUCGAGAAGAUGCAGGAGUAGAUGGUUUCCUGGUUGGCCACCAUUAAAAAACUGUUAAAAUUCAA